AUGAUCAUUUCGCGACAAUAUUGUGACAAUUUAUUAAUUACUGCUCCGGCAUCGACUUUUGGUUGGUUUAUGGGUUUCAUGGCUAAAGAAGGCAAAGCUCGAGUAUUUUACUCGGAGCCCUACGCUAAAUCGAGCGGCGAUCUAGUGCAAGAAUUUCGACCAAGAUUCAUUCAAAUCUCACUUACAAGAGAUCUCCGUCAACGAGAU